GUCGCGUUUGUGCGUCCUGCGCUGCUGCCCUUGGCUCCGUGUAAAGCUCCCAGUGCGGGUCUCCUUGGCAUCCUACACAUGGUAGCUUUCUAUAGAGCACAGCAUUACACGGCAUAGGAGUGAGGGCAGUGCCAGGCGUCGCUAUGGCCACUCGUGCCCUGGGGGUGUCGCUGUGCAGGAGCUGCUGUCCCCUAGCUGUCAGAGUGGCAGGCAGCAGUGGCUGGCACAUGUAUGACUGCCCCCCGGCUGGUGGGGGUGUUCCUCUAAGGAGGGCAUCCACCUCCAGGACUGAAAGUGUCUUCAAUGUGUUUGACAGGGGCAUGAAAAGGAGGCAGAAGAACUGGGCAGCAUCUCAGGCCAAUGCCCAGCAGUAUGAGUACCUGCGAGAAGAGGUUGGAGAGCGAAUUGUGGAUCGUGUGUUUGAUGUGACCCGAACGUUUCCUUUGGCUUUAGAUAUUGGCAGUGGCAGAGGUUACAUAUCGCCUCAUCUAACAAAGGAAACGGUGGAAAGAUUAGUUCAAGCCGACGUGUGUGAAGAAGCGCUGAAAAGCUGUGGAGCAUCUGAGAUCCCAACACAGAAUGUAAUAGUAGAGGAAGAAUUUUUGCCUUUUAAGGAUAAUACAUUUGACCUUGUUGUCAGCAGUUUAAGUUUACAUUGGGUGAAUGAUCUACCUAGGGCAUUUCAAGAGAUUUAUCGGGUACUUAAGAACGAUGGCGUAUUCAUUGGAGCCAUGUUUGGCGGAGAGACACUAUAUGAGCUCCGCUGCUCGUUGCAGCUGGCAGAGAUUGAAAGGGAAGGUGGCUUCUCUCCGCACGUGUCUCCAUUCACUGCUGUAAAUGACCUGGGGAACCUGAUGGGGAGAGCCGGCUUCAGCAUGUUAACUGUGGAUACGGAUGAAAUUCGGGUUCACUAUCCUGGGAUGUUUGAGCUGAUGAAAGAUUUACAAGGUAUGGGUGAGAGCAACUGUGCUUGGAACAGGAGAUGCCUUCUGCACAGAGAUUCAAUGCUAGCAGCUGCAACCAUAUACCAAGAGAUGUAUGGAGAGGAGGAUGGCUCCGUACCAGCCACAUUUCAGAUCUACUAUAUGAUUGGGUGGAAGCCUCAUGAAUCACAGGCAAAGCCAGCCAAGAGAGGCUCCGCCACAAUGUCAUUUGGAGAACUGGAAAAAGUAAAUGAAAUUUUAUCGAAACCUAAAAAAAAUGACGCCUAAAAACGCACACUUUUCACCAUAGAUUUGUCUCAGCGGAGUCACUUAGAUGAGUUUUAUAAUAAAUGUUAUAUACGUCAUGGACGUUGGUUAUAUUCUUGUAAGAGAAUGGAUGUGUGUUGAAAAGCAAAAACAAUACACAGCUCAGUUUUCAUUGCA